AUGACUGUAGACUUAGAAGAACUAUUCUCAACUUCUGAAGAUCAAGUUCAAGUUCUCUGUCGAUGGAUGUUCUUCACUUAUGUCAUCGCAUUCGCCUUCGUUGUUAUAGCUGUUCAUAUUUAUGCCGCGAUGGUUCGUCCUGAGAAGAGGCAGUACACCUACUCGUUGAACCCAACGACCGGACAAGUUCAAACAGAGUUUACUAUGUGA